UUUCAUUCUUAUUUCUUUCUGUGGAAUUUUCCUCCUUACAUUAAAUCAUUUUUGACUUAUCCUUACACAAGUUAUUAACCUCUUCCAUAUCAGACUCACUCCUUUGUUUUCUUUCUUCUGAUUCCUGCCAGAAAUUCUUGCUGUUUUUCCGUUUUGAUCAGAGUAAGACAAUUAACACCUCCUUAUAUAAGGCUUCAUCCUCAAGGAAUCAUAACAUCACAUCACAGCUUUCUUUCUGGUUUUCUGGUUUUCCUUUUACCUCUUCCUCUGGUUCUGGUUUUUCUGGUAUUCUGUGGGUGGUUCUCAUUUCCUAUAAAGUUUUUUAAGGUUGUUUUAUGUGUUGGGUUAAGUUUUCUUCUAACAAAAAUGGUAGCUCUUGUUGCAUUGGUUUUUCCAUGAGAAUCUGAGUCUCCGGCGAGAGAAAUAGAAAAAAAGAUUUGAGAUUUUGAAGGAGGAUGGAAAUGGGUCUCUAAAAACGUCAAAAAAUAGAAGUCUUUGUUUUCUCGCAUUUUCAAUAACUUUUCUUUCUCUCUCAAUUCAAAUCCCGACAAUCUCUCUCUCUCUUUCUCUCUCUGUCCCUCUCUCUCUGUUUUGGUUUUCAACCCAAUCUGGGCUGCCUCUGUUUUCGGGGUUGGGACAGAAGCUGAAACUCCCUCUCUGGAUUUCUCUGUCUCUCUCUGAAUUUCUUAUCUCUGUCUUUCUCUCUCUCUCUCUCUCUCUCAAAAAACCAUGAUUUUCGAAAAAGGGUCAAUGCAUUCUUCUUCUUCCAACCUUGACUGCUUCCUCCGCUGCACCACCCCUGUGAUUCCAUCCCAGUUUCUUGCAAAGUCUGAGAUGAAAGGCCUGAAUCGUUUGUGGCAUCCAUGGGAGAGAGAAAGGGUGGAAUACUUCAGUCUUAGGGAUCUAUGGAACCGCUAUGAUGAAUGGAGUGCGUAUGGUGCUGGUGUCCCUAUCACCCUGCCCAAUUCUGACACACUUGUUCAGUACUAUGUUCCUUACCUUUCUGCAAUUCAGAUUUUCACUAGCAACACUUUCAGGGAAGAGUUUGAGACAGGGGAGUGUGAAACAAGGGAUUCAUGUAGUGAUACAUUGAGCGAUGAGAGUGAGUGUGAGAAGUUAUGGAGAUGGGAUGGGAGUUCCUCAGAAGAAGGUGGAAUGAAUAAUGUAGAACAAGAUUCUCAUCAAUUGCAUUUUAAUGAUAGAUUAGGUCAUCUCUAUUGCCAAUACUUUGAGAGAUCAACUCCAUAUGGAAGAGUUCCUCUAAUGGAUAAGGUAAUUUAUUUAGCUCAGAGAUUUCCAGGGUUGAUGUCAUUAAGAAGCGUAGACCUUUCACCUGCAAGUUGGAUGGCAGUUGCAUGGUACCCGAUUUAUCACAUUCCCAUGGGAAGAACAAUUAAAGAUCUCUCCACAUGCUUCCUCACUUACCACACACUUUCAUCUUCAUUUCAAGGUAUGGACCUUGAUGAUGAUAUUGAGGGUGGACAUGAGAAGAAAAAGGAAGAAGAGGAAGGAAUCUCUUUGCCACCAUUUGGUUUAGCAACAUAUAAGAUGCAAGGUGGGAAUGUGUGGGUCUCAGGUAGGGACCAAGAGAGGCUUGUCUCACUAUUGAGUGUGGCUGAUUCAUGGUUGAAGCAACUUAGGGUUCAGCAUCAUGACUUUAAUUACUUCAUGGGCAUUCGCCAAGGCUAAAGAGGAAAAAAAAAAACAUAAUCAAAAGGUCCACUAUUAUCCUCUCUACAAAGAAUUUGCACUUGCAAAUUAAAGGAACAAGAAAUAUUGAUAGCUUAAGGGAAAGGGAAAAAAUAAAAAGAAAAAAGAAAAAAGAAAAAGGAAAAGAAAAGAAAAGAAAAGAAAAAAUCCUCCUUUUUUUUUUGGGUAUAUUUGGUUUUUAUGCAUUUUCUUGGACCAUACCGUUAAUUGGUUUUUUUUUUCUUCUUUUGGGUCUUGUGGAGUGAGGAAUAAUAUUAACAAUAUUGAUGGAGUUUUAGGAGUUGAGGGGGAUUUGUUAUUAACCCUUUUGAGAGAGAGAAAGAAAGAGCAUGUUUUAGGAGCAACCCCCUAUUGUGAAUUAUGAAUUGUGAAUGUAUAGAGAGAGAGAAAUAGGUGAGAAGAGGAAAAGAGGGAAUGAAGUGAGAGUCUAUGUUUAGAAAUUUGAUGUUUAUGUAUCAUCACUUCACUUGCUAUUGACCGUGUUAAUGGUUAAUGGAUUGGAUGAGUGAUUUCAUAUCAAUGGAGCAUCUUGCGCA